AACAUCACAAGAGUGCGAGUCGCAUCACUUCACCUCUGCCCGGACCAUAUUCCACGCUCAGGCUGACCUCGACCUCGACCUCGACCUCGCGCGUCUGGCCGUGUCUGGAAACGAAGCACGAAGCACCGGCCGCCUUCGGUUCCAACCUUGCAUACUUCUACCUCCCGCACCUGCAUCUGCGCAAUUCAACACCAUCAGCUUCCAUCGUUACCCUCGUCUUCGCGUCUCCCGCCUUGGGCCUUGGCAUCCACGCCCCACCAGAGAUCGUCCUUCGGUCCUCUUUCAGCCUUGCGCGUGUGUGCGUCGGCACAUUGGAUGCACUCCGCUGCCACGAUACGACCAAAGGCGUGGAUCGCGCUUUCGCUGUCCCACUUUGCACUUUCCUCUCCAACUUUUACGCUCGUCGCGCAUUCUCUCUGACCGCUGCAGGAGACAUGCUCUGAUUAGAGGCCGAACAAAUCCUACCCCGACUCUGCUCGCCCUUCCCUUCUUCUCUUGGCAUCUUGCCUUCGAUUCCCAAAGCUCCGUUCACCUUCAGCGGCUUCGGACUCCACGAUCGACAGGGCCUUCCACCUCGACCAGCCUUGCACCCACUCAUACAAGCGGGCGAACCGGAACUCUCUUCGAGACACCUGUGGCUUCUUUGGUCAAUGCGCAUAUCCUGAACCACCGCCGCCAUGUCUCUUCCUCUGAGCUCGGAAGAGGAAAACAACUAUACCUCCAUCAUCGAUGGCAUCCUUGCGACUGCAGACCUGACCACCAUUACCCGAAAGAAGAUUCGUCUGGGAUUGGAGAAGGCUCUUGGCGGGAAAGACCUUAGUGACCAGAAAGAUGCCAUCAAGGCGCUGAUAGAAGAGCGUUUUGAUGCCAUCUCCGGAUCGCAGGACACCGUCCCAAUUGCUGAUUCUUACUCGGCAAGUCCCGCACCCAAGAGGGAAGCAAACGGUCACGAUGACGACGACGGAGACGGCGAGAUCGAAGUGUCCGUUGCGCCUGUCAGAAAGAGACAGAAGCGCGAGGACUCAUCUGAAGACGCGGAUGCCAAGCUCGCCGCCGAGCUGCAGGCGCAGGAAAACAGAAUGGCCAGAGGACGGACGACUCGUGGCGGCAAUGGCGCGCCCAGCAAAGCAACUAAGAAGAAGAAGGCACCGCGAAAGAAGAGCGACAAGAAAGUUGACGACAGCGAUGUCGAGGAGGGCACAGAGCCGCCAAAGCGCAAGGCCGGUGGGGGUUUCCAGAAACCGUUCAACUUGAGCGAGCCGCUGGCAGAGCUGCUCGGUGAGCCUCAGCUCUCCCGCCCACAGGUCGUUAAGAAGCUCUGGGAGCAUAUCAAAGGCAACGAUCUUCAGGACCCCGAAAACAAGCGGCAAAUCCGUUGCGACGACAAGAUGCAUGCUAUUUUCAAACAAUCUAGAGUGGACAUGUUCCAGAUGAACAAAAUGAUCGGCGCGCACCUUUAUCCGGUCGAAGAGCAGUAGAAAAGGAAGUUCAAGAAGGUCCAAGAAGACAGGGUGCGGACAAGCGGAGCGAUAUAAGCAACGGCGUCUUUCUGGUUUGGGACGGGCUAUCAGCAAACUUUGGGGGGUGUUUGUUUGGGCAUCCAGGGACAGGACAGCAAAUGAGCAAGGCGGAUCGUGACACUGGGGUUGAUGAUUCUUGGAGAGGAGGAUCAGUAAAAAGCGGUGGACGGGCUUGUGGUCAGCAAGGUAUCUUUUUUAUACCUAUGCAGCCAUGCUGACCAGGGCAUUGGCGACAUUUGGACUGCAGGCUCGGCCUGAAGACGAGGAGACUGGGCUAGGUUUGGCCUUUGGAACAGGUCGGCACCAGUCUGCAUUUCAACGCACUUGAUUAGCAUCGUACCGCUCCAAGGCACCCGAGUGACGCACUGCUUCUUUUGGGUGAUAAUGCCGGCCGUACAGAGCACAGUACAGUCC